UGGAGAUUCAUAAUUAUUAAUAAUUAGAACAGUUUUUAUUUUUAAAUGUAAAAUAUAAUUUAUAUUAUUAUUGUUAUUUUUUUUUAAUUUAAAUAUUUUAGUAACCGAAGUAUUCCAACAUUUGCCUAUUACAUUUUACGGUAAUUGUAAUAUACUACAGCACUUACUAUUUACUUAGUUUUAAAGUAAUCCACUGACCUCUGUUAAAUCUAUUAUGGUUGCCUAUGUACUGAUAAAUGCAUAUUUAGCAAUACUAAUAAGUUGUUCUAAAUAAUAACAAAUUAAAAAUCAUAAAUUAUGUACCAUCAACUAAGUAUCUGUGUAUUUUGGGGAUCCAAUGUAUAUAAGUAUCCAAUUAUAGAGAGAUAUAUUCAAUUUUCUGUCCUUCCUAUCUUGCUUCACCACUAAUUUUUAUUGAAACCAUCAAAAAAUGAUAAUUACAUUUAUGAAUACAUAUAUAAAUACAUAUUUGAUUGCUUUUAGGCCUAAACGUUUUAGGCACCUUUUAAUAUAUACUAUUGGCUACCUACUCAAUUUAUUGUUGGAAAAUUUAUUUUUGAAGUUACUUUAUACAAGCAAUUUAUUAAAUUGAUAUUUAAUUUUAAAGUAUUCCAAUAUACAACAUAAUAUUAUAACUGGAAAUUAAAACAAUUUUUAUCUUGAUGUCUUAAAGAAAUUGUGUUGAUUAACUAGUAGUUAAAGGUUUUUGUGUUGUGAUAAAGUAUAUAAAUAUUUGUCCAUUUAAUUAAGUGAUCCUUUAACUAGUCAUACCAUAAAAUAUUGAUUUAUUAAAAUCAUGAUUUAAUCAUUAUUUAAAAAAAUAUUAAACAGAAAAUAAUAUUAUAAUAAAUAAAACACAUACCGGGUAUUAUUGGGUAGAUUAUUUUUACAAAAUUUAAAAAUAAAAAUAAAGUUGUACAUUCAUUUGUAUACAGCUAGGUAUAGCUGGGAAAGUAAUGUUAACAUGGUUCCCUGGUCCGGUAAUUACUAUUUAAUAAUUAAAAUAUAGGUAGGUAUAUAUUAUUGAAAAUUACAUUGUAAAAACAAUUAACAAGUUUCAAACCAUUUUAAUUAAUUACACACUUUUCAACGAUUCAUAAUAGGUACCUAGCUAUACAUUCAUAAACGUUAAUAGUCAAUACAUUUUUUUUUUUUUUUAAUGCGAUACCUGCAAUUUAAAUAUUAAUAUCAAAUUAACCAAUUGAUAAGUGAUCCUAGGUGUAUAAUGAAAUGCAAAGGUUAAUUAGCAUACAGACAUUGAUGUGAUUAAUAGUUUGAUAAAUAUUGCUCAAUAUUAUAUAAUGAAUUUAACUUUUUUUUUUAAAUUGUAUAAUCCUGGUUUAUUAUUAUGACUAAGCAUAGGUAUUUUAUGUAGAAAAUAUUUAAAUGUCGAUGAUACUAGCAAGUGUGUGGAAAUCUAAAGUAAGCUUUAGACAAUUUAUUGCUCAUAAAAAUCUUGCACAAAUUCGAACCAUGUCAUCUGACAGAAAAAGAACUGGACCAGAAAACAAUUUGAAAAAUGACGAUGAAGGUAAAAGAAACAUACUUAAUAUAAGUAGGUAGUUAAUAAUAAAUUGACAACUAUUUUCUAGAUGUUCUUAAAAUUACCAUUGGUGAUGUGAAGAAGCUUACCAAAACAUCAAAAACUCCGGAGCUUGUCCCCAUUGAUUAUUGUGAGUAUGAUCAAUUUAUUUGUAUUUUGUAUAGAAUUUAUAAUCUAUAAUUCAACUCCCACAUUCAAAAUGUACUCUAUGAGUAAAUAUAUAUAUUAACAUUAAUAUAUUAUCAGAGGAAAUUUAACUAUAUAUAUCCAGUUUACUAGCUGUACUAUUAUGACGUUAGGUGUAUUUCAUAAAAAUUGAAAAUAUUUUAUUUUGAUUGCAGUAAACAUGUUCUGUAACCAAGAAUCUAUGUCCCAUUUGCGGUGGAUGCUUCAAAAAGACAUUCUUGGCCAAGAUAUGUUUUUAAUUGGGAAACCUGGACCAUUAAGACGUCGUUUGGCUUUGGCUUAUUUAGAACUUACCAAUAAAUCUGUUGAGUUUGUAUCAUUGUCUCAAGACACUACAGAAGCAGAUUUGAAACAACGUAGAGAAAUUAUUGGUGGCACGGCAAAAUAUAUUAAUCAAGUAAAUUUUGUACAAUUAUAGUUCAUUAAAAACUCAACGAUUAUGCAAAUAAGUAAUAAUAAUACAAUAUUUUAAUAGAGUGCUGUUAAAGCUGCAAUAGAAGGUCGUGUUUUAAUUCUUGACGGGAUUGAAAAAGCAGAACGUAAUGUUUUACCUAUUUUGAAUAACCUUUUGGAAAAUCGAGAGAUCCAUUUAGAAGAUGGUAGAUUUUUAGUAGCACCUAAAACAUUUGAUAAAUUAUUACAAGUAAAAAAUAAUUUGCCAUAUUUUUAGUGAAAAUAAAUAUGUAGUCGAAUGUAAGUAUGCCAAUUUUAGGAACACGGUGCAGAACAUAUGAUGAAAUGGAAUCUCGUGCGGGUUAGUGAAGAAUUCUUUGUGAUUGCCUUAGGGUUACCUGUACCUACAUUUAAUGGGAUUCCAUUGGAUCCGCCUUUGAGAUCUCGAUUUCAAGCUAGACAUGUUAUGACACCAUCUUAUAUGGUAAGAUAAUGUUUAUUAUGAUCAUUAUAUUAUGUUUGGCUCAUCAUCCAAAUAACAAAAAAAAAUCUUAAAUUCCUAAAAUAAUAUAAUUUAAAAAAUUAAUGUCCUUUAUUAGGUAUAAUGUCUUACUGUAAACAGUUUUAAAAUACUUCUCAUUAAACUUAAAUCUAAUAUCAUCUUCUUUCCAAUAAUAUUAUACAAUAUGUAUCUGCCAUAGAAUAUAGUACCUACCUAGUUAUUAUGUUCUACCGUGCUACUCUACAGCCGAUUAAAAACUAUUAGCAAACAAAAUAUCCAAUCAUUGUAAACAUUUUAUUACUACUUCAAUAACUAAUACAUUACAAUAUAAUAAAAACAAGUAAUUUUGCAAAUAAUUAUAUUAUAUAUAUAUAUAUAUAUAUAGUACAUUUUUAUAUUAUAAAUGGCAAUUUAACUUAUUUGAUAGAUUUAACAUGGGGUUUUUAAUUUUUUAUUAUAUAAUAUAAUAUAUAGGCGCGUAUAAUGUAUUUAACAAUGACUUAUGAGUAAUGAAUAAUUAAUUCUAACAUACUAUCAGUACUAACUUUGGUAUUGUUUUUUUCUUAACUCUCAAUUAUUAUUUAGUGUAGUCUCAUUGAAACAUUGGAAAUUAUAAAUAGAUUUGACUGAUUUUAGUUUAAAUAUUUAUUUUACCAAAACUAUAUUUCUAAGAAAUUUAAUAUCUAACUUAAAAACAUAAAUUAAUGUACAUUUUUAAUAUAUAAGUGUUAUUAGUUGUGUGUUUCUAUUUUUCUGAUAUUUCAAGCAAAUUAUAAUCAAUAAUAUCAAAGAUUUUUAUACUUGAUAAAAGUCAGGUAGGUAUAGGUACUAUUACAAUUUGUAAACAAAUUAACAUGACACCGUGUAUAUUUGUUAUUGGCCUUGUCGACGUGUUAAUUUUAUACGCGAUUGCGGACACUUCCGAUUACAAGUUCCGUGAGAUGCUUUUAAAUAAGUACCUACUGUUACCAAGCUCCCGCGUUAAUAAUUGUCGUCGCCAACGGGCGAACACGUGGGCGGUAUGUGAACGUGCAGUUCGAUUUUAUGACGGUUUUGUGUACAAUUAUUAUUAUUAUUGUUCCUGCUGGCGGAUUUCGCGGACCUCUUGACGAUUCCGGCCACUUGUUGAUCCUCGUCGAAUUUCCCAUCGUUAUCCGGUAUCGAACACGUCUUGACCAAAGCCGGCCGCCUGCUGCGCGCGCUACCGCCGGUGCCGUUGCCGGACGCCGACGCGGAUUUCCUACUCUGCGUAUCCAGCAGCGUUGCCGACGGUUUCCGUAACCACUGCAACACCCUUUCCGCGUAAUAGCCGUCGCCGUCGUUGUCGCACGCCGCCGGCCGCAAUUGCACGCAAUUGUCGUCGGCGCACACCACGCUCAGCGCCUGUCGGUUCGCCGGCACCGUCGUCGUCCGGUGACUGGCGUUUUUCUCCCGUGCCGCGGGCGAUUGUCGUUUUUCGUUUUCGUUUUCGUCGUCGUCGUCGGACAGUAUGACGUGCCGGACGCCCUUCACCCACGUGGUGCGCACCACCAGCCGGCCGCGUGACGAUUUCCACCGGAAAAACUCGUACGGGCCGGCGGCGGCCGUGGCGCUCUUCAUCGCCGUCGAACGUGUGUGCAGAAUAUAUAAGUAGUGCGCGGUACCGUGGCUAGGUAUGGUGUGCGAACAGAUACGCGGGUACACUAUCGUCAAUCGAACGUGCAAAUAAAUAACAUUGUACGCGACUCGAACACGAACUGAACGCCGUAUUUGAAUUUCGAAAUCGCCCGUACCCGUGUUUUAUUUAUAUACGUACUCGCGACAAAGUCAAAGGGCGCGCGCACACACACACACGAACCCAACGACUUUUAGACAUGCACGCCAUGUACGCCUACCCUCCGACCCGGUACCCGCGGGACUUUUACCCUUUUCCCCCGAAACGUACUGCUGUAUACCGUCAACGUGGGUAGUAUUUUUUUUUUUUAAUGUGACAGUGUCAUUAUAUAUUAUGGUUUUCAAAAACGAAUGUUCCCGCGCAGGUAACAUUUACCGAGGUAUGAACAAUAAUAAUAAUAAUAAUAUAUAUAAAAAAAAAAAAAAAAAAAAAACCAAAGAAAAAAGUAAAAUAUCCGUGGGACGCCAAAGAACGCGAUUAUAGAUAGUCACACAACUAAUAAAACUACCCGCUAAAUCGUGAGGUUUUUUUUUUUUUUUUCAACCGCUCGUAAUUGUUCACUGUCGAAUGUAAUAUUGUACCGCAUGAUAGACAUUGCAGGUGCCCAUAACUUUACACUGUUAUAAAAUUUAAAAUGUUAACACACGAUGACACGGUUUGAUAUCGUGCGCAGACUUGACUACCGAAUACCGGGAAUAUAUGGGGGAGGGGGAGAAACCGACCCGGACAUAUUUUAUACCGAGCGUUAACCGAUGGUAGGCAGGCCUACUACACUAAACCACCAUAAUAGUGACCAAUCACGUGCUAUCCAAGACGCGUGAUUUCCGUUCAGCGGUACUGUUUACUUGGGAGCCCUUAAGACAUUUGAAACGCUUUAAAUAUUUUAGAACCAGGUUCUUUUUCGGCUAGUAAAAUGUACUCGAAUUAUUCGCAUUGUCGAUUAAAAACGUAUGUUUUUCGUCCGGCAGUGAUUUAUUUGAACAAAAUUCUAGAUUACCAACGAUUAAUCAAUACAAUUUUAAAAAAAAAAAACCGACUACGAAUGUUGAUGUGUACGUCGGUUUUAUUUUUGUUAAUUUCCGGUUACAAGUAAAUACACUUCUAACACUACCCCGCUCGGUGUCCUUUUUGAUUGCAGUGAUUUAUCGUUGUUUUCAGUAUGCAAAUUAAACAUUAUCCUAUAUCCUAUACGGUUUUCGAAUUUUCCAGCUAUUGUUAUUGUGAUGGCCUACCUACCAAUGUCGCGACGUACGGCCGACUUUUUAUAAAUAAAAAGAUAAUACAAUAACUGUAAAUUAUUAUAAAUAUCGAAUGAGAAUAUAUCCUCUCACCUCCUCCCGGUUUGAUCGCCCCUGAGGCUACUGUUUUAUAGACGGGAAAUUGCUAAUGCUACAUGACGUAGGGUGUAUCUACCUACAGUGGCGUGGGCGCUUGGCCAGGGGGGACGGCUUUUGGGUGUUGUGAGUCUUAUUGCCCUUUUUUUAGCUAUAGGUUAAGAAGGUUUUAAACCCUCAUUCUCCACCCCCCCCCUAAUUGAUAAAUCCCAGCUACGCCACUACCUAGUAGUACCUACGUAUUGUGAGAAGCAAUAAAUCGUUGCAUACGAAAAACAAUUCUAACUGGAACGCGUUUUACAAUCUGAACGCAGCGAAGAAUGUAUUAGUUUUAAUAAUGAUUUGUUUUUUUUUAUUAUUGUUAUUAUUUUUUCUGUUUGUUCACAACUUUUAUACUGGAAAUCUUGCUCGGUGCUCCAAUCAAAAACUGAAAAAAGAGCUUUUUCUAGCAUUUUAGAUCUAAUUGGUACAGCCAAAAUGUUUGAAAAUUGAAUACGAGCGAAAUCAUAAGUUGUAAUAGAUGUUAAAAAAAAUUGAACCUAAUAUAGUCAAUUUUUGUAGACUUUUUAAAUUCAAAUUUAUUUCGAAAACCAUAAAAAUCACGAAAAUUCAAAACGUAUUUCACCGAACUUCGUUCAUCAUAAUCGUAUUCCGUCACCAAUAAUUCAUUGUUUUAAGUAGUUUUACAAACAUUUAAAUGUGAGCAUUGUUUCGAAAGGUCGUCCGUUCACGUUUUAAACAUUUUUGACGUGAAAUUAAUAGUUUAAAAUUUUAAAUUAUGGCGUGCGCGUGUCUGCCAAAUAUUUUGUCCAAAAACUGGUGACGUAUAUGAAAGGUCCUAUACCUAUACGUCGUCGGAUUUUGGUACUAUGUAUAGGUAUUUAUUUGUCAUUCAUCGUUUGUGUUUCCCCAUUAAUAUUAUAAAAAAUGUACAAAGAAAAACUACACACUUACAGAAGUAAAACUAAGUAAUUAAAUAAAAUAUAACUGCUUUUUAAAGUUUUUAACUAAAUCUGAUAAUUCCACACGAAAUUGAAGUAACUAGGUCGCAAAAAACAAUUACCUACAUUAAUAAUUUUUAAUUAAUUUGUACCCAUUCGUGAUACAGACCAUUUUAUAUUUAGAUAAAAAUCUACUAAAUUUUAGUUUGUUGCAAAUCAAAAGUUUUAAAAUUUGUAUGUUUGUUAACUUGUUUAUUAGUUGAGCAGAGAAAGUUAAUAUUUUGGUACUUACUAAAUAUAAAUAAAAAAAACAAAACAUUAAUUUGUCCUUGUCACUCAUGCAGUGAUUUCGAGAUUGACCAUCUAUAAUAUUACAUUUAUGUAUUGUUUAUCACAAGUGUAAAUUUUAUGUGUAAUCUAAAUUCUAAAACGAUAAUACAUUUUUCGAAAUGUACAAACAUCGUUGGACCAUAAUAGCUGUAUUUCCCGAGCUCAGCCCGCGCAUUCCUUUCGGAAAUAGAAACCAAUAAAAACAAAAAUUCAAUUUUCGUUUCAAAAAUACCGGAAACCCCGUUUUAGUCAUCCUUUAGGGGUUAAAUUUCGAGAUUAAAAGUAAACAGCGUUCUUCAUGUUGUCCGUGCACACGGCUGGUAACGCACGUCGCUACGUAACUACAUGGAAAACUAAUGUAUUUUCUAAUAACUCGUUGAUUAAUUGAUUUUUGGAAGUUUUCUCAUUAAAUGCCUCAUCUGCACACCGCGAACACUUGCGUUUAAAAAAAAAAAUCACGGUGUUCAGUUCGGAAGAACUUCAGAUGUAACUGUCCAAAGAAAUUACCUCACAUUUUAAUAAUAUUUGUAAUAUAUUAUAUGUAUAUACCAAUAAAGACUAUUUUCACUUUUAAAUUCAAAAUGUCCUCUGCACCAGUGUCCGGUCUAUUUUUCGGAACUAUUUCUCCUCGAUUAAAAGUAUGUUGUUUCGAUGAAAAAAAAAAAAAAGCCAACGACCAAACGUAGACAUGUUUUAAUAUUUUACCUAAUUAAAUAAUUAAAAAAAAUAUUUGAGUAUAACAACUAACAAAACAUUUGAGAUAUAUUUUAAUCUUGUAUCGGGUUUUUUUUUUUUUUUUUUUCGAAUUUCGUCUACUAUUAUAUUAGAUUUCCAUAAUAUAUCGUGUUGAAUAUUCGGUUCUUGAUAAUACGCGAUUCGCGCGUUAUAGCUAUUCUCGAUAUAAACCCAUUAAGUAUUUCAAAAAGGGGUGGCUUAAUGUUUUUAUCGACAGUUUAUUUUUUGUUAUAUACCGUCAUUACAGUUACCUAUAGGUACCUUAGAUGAGUCGGUGUAAUCAAAAUGAAAGUUUAAAAAAGCAAAUUCAUGUUCCUUAGAAAUUAUACUUACGAUUACUACCUAUAUAAUAAUAAAGUGGAGAAAGUCGUGAAACGGAACAUUUCAAUCAACUCCCGUGAUAGUUUUUAUUUUACCGUCUUAAACAAAGUCAAAUAAUGCCUAAUAUAGUAUAGCGUGACAAGAACUAAUAAUAUAUUUCGAAAAUUAGUUUAUUAUACCUACCUCAAAGUUUCCUGAAAUUAAUUUACCGUUAAUGACUCUAUUUAUACACAUUUUGGUAAUAAAAUUAAGAUUUUAAUCUUUAGAGUAUGUUAAACGACCUGACUGCCGAUUACCCGACAGCGCCCAAAGAUAAAUUGGAAAAAGUUUUGUCAUGCGCAUAUGCUUUAGCUUCGCCAGAAUCCAAUGAAUUGGGAUUGCACAAUUUCCCCAUCGAAAAUAUACCUAUCGUCGCCAAAUUAAUUGUAAGUAUUAAUCGUCGGUACGAAUCGUGCCUACGAUAAUUAUUAUUCUGUCAUCAAAUGUGUUGAACCGACCGAAUUCACGUGUGUGUCGUUUUAAUAGUAUGCACAUUUUUCAGUACAACAAUCCAUCUGUAUCGCCAAACAGUCUAUUGAAACGUCUUUAUCCGUAUGAUAGUUUUAUGAACGUUGACAGUAAACGUUCAGUUAAUAGUAUCCUUUCAUCUUUCUGCCCCGAAGACGACGAAACGGUUGGUCGUCACGUUUCGUCCGUCAAACAAUUGAACAAUAACAGCGCAGAAAUCAUUCUUAACAAUAAUUCUAAACGUUUUACAGUAAGUGAAAUAUCAUAUCGUAUUAAAAAUACCGACAAAAGCACUGUUAUUAAAUUUUAGGUUCCGUCCGGAGAUACUCCCGCUUCUAACAUUGAAUCUUCAAAUUUUGUCAACACCGCUUACCAAAGCGCCAUUUUAUCGGAUCUUGCGCUCAGUCAUUCGGCUGGUGAUAUAUGUAUCAUAGGAUCUAGGGGAUGUGGUAAGACGGCAGUCGUUGAUCAAUUUGCCACUAUGUUCAACUAUGACGUGGAAACCAUUUCUUUAUACCAGGUUAAUUUAAUAAUUUAAUUUUAAUUGUUUUAUCUUUUCAAUUAAUUUUUCCUUUUCCAACUACAGGAUUUAACCGCAAGAGAUUUAAUCCAACAAAGAACUACAUUACCAAAUGGUGACACCGUCUGGAAAUAUAGCCCAUUAGUGGUUGCUGCCAUCAGUGGAAAAUUAGCUAUACUCGAUGGCCUCCAUAGAUUGCAUUCUUCCACUUUGUCCAUUUUGCACAGGUAAACUAUUUAAAAAUAUUUUUUAUAAAUUAUAAAUUCAUAUUUUAUUUUAUAUAAAACAUUAUAUAUAUUUUAUCAGAUUCAUUCAAGAUCGAGAUCUUCAACUUCACGAUGGUACUAGACUGUUGAGAUAUGACCGAUAUGAUAAAUUAGCAAAGAAACUAGGAGUAGACAGUCUGGAAAAAUCCAACAUUGUCCGUGUACAUCCUGCUUUCAGAAUUAUCGCACUUGCAGAACCUCCAGGUGAAUAUUAUUAGUACACCUACCAAGUAACAAAUAAUAAUAAAAAUAAUAGUAUUAAUAAAGAGAAAUCAAUUAUUACAAUACAAUUGUUUUAGGUGGCACCAUUCCUCAAUGGAUCACUCCAGAAGUACUAAACAUGUUCCUGUUUCAUGAAAUCAGACCACUGUCUGCUGUUGAAGAACUGAAUAUUGUACAAAACCUGGUAAGAUUUGGAAUAAUUUAUUUUACCAUUAGUAUAUAUUAUAUAUGGAUAAUACAUCUUUAUUUGUUAAGUACCCAAAUAGUGUAAAACCAAUGAAAAGGCUUGUUGCUGUUACAAAAAAACUGCGAGAGUCAACUGAUAUGUAUUUAAAUUCUUUGGCACCAUCCUUAUCUACACGUCAGUUGUUGCGAAUUACAAAAAGACUGGAUAAAUAUCCAGAUUCAGAUUUCUAUAGUAUUGUAAACAAGGCCUGUCUAUCACAGUAUGUGCUUAUGUCUGUAAUCUACUAAAAAUAAAUUAAAUAUUUUUAAUUAAACUUUUCGAUUCUGAGGGUAGCAAGGAAUGAAUUAAUUUUAAUGUGAUGCGUGCUUUUUUUUCUGUCUAUUAACAACUUUUCUUUCAGAAAUCUCGCUCCAAUCAAAAAAUAUCAAAAUAUCCAUUUUGUAGCAUUUUUGAUUUAGUUGAUUCAUUGCAAAGAUCAUUUUUUAAUUUUCCAAACAGUUUUAUUAAUUGUACAAAUCCUGAAAAUAACAAAAGAAAACUGGACAAAUUUAUAUCAAUAAAAAUUGCAUUAUUUGCAAUUUUAUUUUUCUACCAGAAAUAUUGCUCUGAAUCUAAAGAGUAGCAUGUUUUCUGAAACCAAAUUUAACUUAGUUUAUAUAUUAGAAUGUUAUUUUUAACUUUGUAGUUUUCUUAAUACAUAAUUGGGGAAAAAAUGUAGGAAAAAUAGAAAAGUUACACUGCAAUAACGGUUUUAUUAUUUUUAUUUUUUCGUAUUAGUAAGUAGGGUUCACUGAAUACUAAUAUUGGCCUUUUCUUAACAAUUUCGCGAUUUUUUAAAUUAUUUGUAGGUAUUUUCAAGUUUUUUUAGUUUUUAUAUGGGUAAUUUUUUUGUUCAAACAGAAAUAUUUGAACAUUUACUCAAAGUAAAUAAUGGUGAUAAUAUAAGAGUUAGGCGUAGUAUAGUUAUUUUAUUUUUCUUAAGCAUUUUAAGAUCAAAUUUUUAUGAAAUUCAUAAAUAUUAAAGAAUUAUGUAACAUAUAUAACCGAACUUCGCUCAGAAUCCUAUUUCAUUAGCAAUGGUUUAUUGUUGCUUACAGAUAUAAGUUAAAUAACUUUAUGUAGUCUACCUUCUCAGCCUUGAAACUACAACAGUAGCACACCCAUCAACAAUAUCAGCUCUUUUUUUUCUUUUUAUAGAUUUCUACCACAACUAACAAGACAAAUGCUAGAAAAAACUUUAUACAGUUGCAACAUUCAACCAACACCUAAUAAUUCUGAUGGUUCCGCAAUUCAAUGUAAACAUGAUGAAGUUAACUUGACUAUUGGUAAUACUACUGUUUCUCGAUACAAAACUGAUGCUUCUAGUAAAAUUCCAAAUGUUUUAUUCUUUGAUUUACCACAAGUAAGAAUUUAAUUUCCAAAAAAUUAUUGUAAUUAAUGAUAAAUUCUAUGUACAUGAGUAUGAGUAAUUAAAAGUUUUGUUUUGUUUUUUAGCAUUUGAACCAACUUGAACUUAUGUUACAAGAUUUUGUUUUGGGAGAACAUCUAUUGUUGGUUGGAAACCAAGGUGUUGGUAAAAAUAAACUUGUUGACAGAUUUUUACAAUUAUUAAAUAAGCCCAGAGAAUAUAUUCAACUUCAUAGGUAUACAUUUAUUUCCUAUGUAUUUAUUUAGUUUUAUCCAUUCUAAAUAUAUCUGUAAAUUUUAUUUUAGAGAUACAACAGUCCAAUCUUUGACCAGUCAACAAACAGUUAUCGAUGGCGUAUUGAAAAUUGAAGAUUCUCCUUUAGUAAAAGCUGUUAAAGCUGGUUAUGUUUUAGUUGUAGACGAAGCAGACAAAGCGCCAGCUCAUGUAACAUGUGUUUUAAAAAAUCUUGUAGAAACUGGUAAUAUGAGACUUGCUGACGGUAGACAAAUAGUCAGUAAAGCUAAUGUUUCAAAAAACGACUCUGUGAUAAUUCUUCAUUCGGACUUUCGUAUGAUUGUCCUAGCAAAUCGACCAGGAUUUCCAUUUUUGGGAAAUAAUCUCUUCAGUACACUUGGUAAAUAUUCAAAAUAAAUAAAUAAAUGUAUAUUUGUCAAUAUAAUGUCACAUUAUGUUUUUUAUAAAAACUAUUACAACCAAAGAACCGGCUUCUGAUUAGUCAUGCAAAUUUCUUAUGAGACACUUCAAGAUUUUGAUUUUCAAUCUGUUAAAAUUGAACUAUUUGUUUGACAUCUUUCUAAAUUUUAUCUAAUACAAAUUUCUUUGUUCCUAGGGUAGAAUAAUUUAAGUCAAUUUUGUGUAGUUUUCAAUACCAGCUAAUUAAAUCUUGAAAAUAUUUACACUAUACCAUUUUGAUAAAAAAAUGAAGGACUAAAAAUUGUUUUUUAAUUAUUGAUAAAUAUACUAACUCCCACUAAAGAAAUGUAAUUGCUAAACAAAUUAGAAAUAGUUUUGUAACCAGUUAUCUUAGAAUUGUUUAUAUUAACUAGUGAACGAACAAAAAUGUUUGAGUUUUUAAGAGUAUUAUUUGUUAUCUGUUUAAAAAUAAUGUUUAAGAUUUUUAUUAUUGUUAUUAUACAUUUUAUCAUGAUAGUAAUUACUUAUCGCUUUCUGGAUCACAAUAUUAUGUCAAAUUCUGUACUAUUGAAUUUAUAAUAGAUGAUUUUUUUUUUUAAUUUUCUGAACAUACAUUUUUUUCUCUGAAACUAACAGAAACAAUUAUGUCUUUGGUUUAAGUUUUUGGUUAAAAGAAUUAAUGACUUAGUAUACUUAGUUAAUUAUAAAGAAUUAAUAAUUUGAAUUCAUGUUUAAUUAGAAAUUCAAUAUUAUUUGAUAAAUGUUUUAGGUGAUGUGUUUAGUUGCCAUAUUGUAGAUAAUCCUAGUUGUGAAUCAGAAAAGCAGCUGUUAAAAAGUUAUGGCCCUGAUGUUUCUUUGGAAGUUAUUGAUCAAGUAAUCGCUGCCUUUGGAGACUUAAGGCAACUGUUUGACAAAAACUUAGUUUCAUAUCCGUACUCUACUAGAGAAGCGGUUAAUAUAAUCAAACACUUGCAAACAUACCCCCAAGACACAUUAUUAGACUGCAUUAGAAAUGUAUUCGACUUUGAUUGCUACUCGAAAGAAGCACAAGAAGUAAUCUCGAAUGUUCUCAAUAAACAUAAAUUACCAAUCAAAUUAUCCCCUUGGACAGGUCCCACUGGUAAGUUUAACAAUGGAUUCAAACAAUACAAUUUUAAAUUCAUAAUACUGUUAUAGAAAAGAAAAAUCUACAAAUCACAGUAGAAAAAGAAAGUGGUCUUGAUGUAUCUAGCCCGAAACAUGGUAAAGUUGAUGAAAAAAAUGAACCUCAUGUGGGCGGUAAUACUUGGGCUGGUGGUACCGGUGGCCGAGACACAGCUGGACUAGGUGGAAAAGGAGGUCCCUAUAGACUAGAUGCCAAACAUAAAGUUUUUCAGGUGACAUUGAUUGUUUUAUAAAUAAUCUUUUAGAUUCUAAGCGGAGGUUAGGCUAGGUAUUAAUUUUAAAAUUUUUUUUUUCUAUUGACAACUUUUCUACCAGUUAUUUUGCUCCAAUUUACAAUGAUAACACUUUUUCUGAAAGGAAUUCUAACUGGGGUAGUACUUUAGGGAGAUAAUUUUUUGAUUUUCCCAGGAGCUUUUCCAAUAAAUGGUAAAAACGGGAAAAUGGGUACAUUAUUAAACAAAUAUUAAUAAAGAAAAUAUAUAAUGUAUAUGUAUUCAUUUUACCAUAAUAGGACAUAUAUAUUGUUGACAAAGCAACAGUAACAAUCAAACUCCGCUCAGAAUCGUUACUCAUUAGCAAUGGUUAAUUGUUGUGUACAAAUAUACAUUUAAUUUCCCCUCUACUUUCCCAACUUCUCACCUUCAACAGUAGCCCAUCCAUGUAUGAAGUAUGUCCAUCAUUUUUUUUUUCUUAUUAUAUUAUAAUGGACUGUGAAACAUAAAUUUGUUUUGAUCUGCUUAUAAUUAGGUAUCAGAUGCAGAGAAGGAUGAAGUACCAGAACACGUUAAGGAAGCAGCAAGACAAAUGGGUCAAAAAGCCUACAAAGAACGCCUCAAGGAAAUAGAAAUGUCUGAAUAUGAUGAUAAAGUAUAUAAUGAAUACUCUUUACCAGUCCAAAAUCAAGUAAAAUACAAUUAGUCACUUUUUCUUUUGCUAAAUUGACUUUAUUUUAUAUUUAAUAAAUUCAUUAUAUAGGUACAAGCAUUAAGAGUAAUACUGAACUCACUACAGGCAAAAUCCCAAGAGAGACAGUGGGUUAGACAUCAAACGUCAGGGGAACUGGACGAUAGUAAAUUAAUAGAAGGUAAAGCAAUCAAAAUUAAUUUAACAGGGCCAUACAUAGGGGGUGCGAGAGGUGCUCUCGCACUGGGCACCAAUGAACAUUUUUAAAUUUCUAUAAUUGAACAUAUUGUGAAUGAUCAAUAGACAGGUUUUGGUUUAUUUUUUUACUCAUAAGUACAUUUUUCUGACAUUGGAUGCUGAUUUUAUUGGACAUGGCUUUGCUACUACAUAUACCUAAUGUUUAACUAUUAUAUUCAAUUAUUAGGUGUUAUUGGUGAGCGUUCAAUUUACAGGAAGCGCAGUAAUGUAGAUCCACAGAUCGGAGCACCUCAGCUAAAACCAAAACGUUUACGUUUUAUUGUCGACGUUUCAGGAAGUAUGUACAGGUUUAACAGUUAUGAUGGACGUUUAGACCGGGAACUCGAAGCUGUCAUAAUGGUUAUGGAAGCACUUAGUGGAUUCGAAGAAAAAAUCAGUUAUGAUGUUGUUGGACAUUCGGGAGAGACCGAGUGUCUUAAGUUUGUAGACAAAUCUAAUCCACCUACCGAUAAUAAGCGGCGAUUAGACGUUAUUAAAAAAAUGCAUGCUCACUCACAGUUCUGUAUGGCCGGUGACAAUACACUUCAAUCUAUCAUAUACGCACAAAAAACCUUAGAAGCAGAGCGCAUCGAUUUUGACGAAGCAAUAAUUAUACUGUUAUCAGAUGCUAAUUUAUCUCGAUACAACAUCAGACCUGAUAGAUUAGCUGCUGCACUCAACUUAAGUAAAGACGUUCAAGCUUUUACUAUUUUUAUUGGAUCACUUGGUGAUCAAGCCGAUAUGUAAGUAAUUAAAAACUUAAUUCAUUAAUUAAGAUAAUAAUUUAAGUUAAUUUUUUUUUCAAUGGCUAGAAGUAAAAAAGCCAUCGGCCAAAGUAAAAACUGUUACUAUUAUGUUAUAAAAAAUUUAAUUUAAAAAUUGUAAAAAAGAAAAGAAAUAUUUACAAUAGGUUUAAGCAGUGUACCAUGUUUAAAUACAAUUUGAAAACCACUGCUUUAGAUUAAUAAUUAUUUCUUAUCAAGAAAACUUGUUUACAUUACAUUGUUAUAAUAUUUUAUUUAUUUAGCUAUUAAUAUUUUUUAAUUACAGAUUGACUAGAAGCUUACCGGCGGGCAAAAGUUUUGUAUGUAUGGAUCUCAAAGACAUCCCACAAAUUAUUCAACAAAUUUUUAUGUCCUCUAUAAUGAGUGUUUUUUAACCAGUUUAAUGUUUUAUUAUAUUUUAUUUUACUUGUACAUGUCUAUAUAUAUAUAUAUAUACAUUUAUACAAGGUGAUUCUUUUAUAGUUGAACACUCAUAUUAAUAUUUCAAUCUGCUUUUUCUUAAAUUGUCAAAUAAAUUUUUUUUGAAAAAAGUCAGACUGUGAAAUAAUCAAAAGAAAGACCCAGUAUAUUUUAAGCAUCUGGAUAAUGGUUUUGGUUACCGAAUAAUUUAAAUUUAUAUUAUUAUUUGGACAUGGCAUAUUUCUGUGAUAAAACUAAUUUUUCAAUAAUAAAGAUAUAAAAUGUGUUUGUUGUUAGUCAUAAGUUUAGUGUACUAAUUAUUAAAUAUUUAAAGUAAAUAAAUAUAUAAAUAAAAAAAUGUAUGUAUAAAAAUAAAAUAAAUCAAUGAAUCAAUGGAAUAUUAGGAUUAAAAAUUCAUCAGGUACAUGACAGUCAAAUUGUAAAACACGACUGAAUAUAAAAAUUAAAUGGAGAAAAAAAUUAUAAAAAUUGGUCGUUUUACAUAGAAUAUAGAAA